AUGCCCCCCCGUUCCGCUCCUGGCCGCGGUGCAGGCCCACCUAGAGGUGGUGGUGGACCUGGUCGCGGACGCGGUGCGGGCCGUGGAGGCACACCCGGUGCCAUUGCGGCGUCAGUCCGUGGCCAAUCGGGCCAUGUACCCGCCCAUAUCACUACCGUCGGUGUUAGGCGCCCAGGCUUUGGGACAGGUGGCAGAGCCAUCUCUGUCAUCGUCAACGCAUUUGCAACAUCGGUCCCGGACGGAAUGAUAUACCACUACGAUGAUCUUGAUAAUUUCUGGCUUCACGUUGAUGUCACGCCCGAGAAGCUCCCAGCCAGGGUCAACAUGCAGCUCUUCAACAGGCUCCGACAGAGCGCCCCAUUUCCACAACCCUUGGUCUACGAUGGUCGCAAGAAUGCAUUCUCAAUGAGCCAACUUGCUCUGGGUCCGAACAACUCUGGACAGUUUGAUGUGACACUGCCCCAGGAAGGCCCGGCAACAGGUCGACCACCGAAGGUUUACAAAAUGAAGGUGACCCUCGUUGCAGAGAUCAAUGCGGAAAUCCUCCAUCGCUUCAUUGCUGGUCAACAAUCGCAGGAUAACACUGUCCUCACGUCUAUAAUGGCUCUGAACGUCGCGAUACGGAUGGGUCCCAACAACAAAUAUCCAUUCAAUACACGUUCCUUCUUUACCGACAAAGGCAAGCAAAGAAUCGGCGCAGGCAUCGAGCUCUGGCGCGGAUAUUUCCAAUCCCUCCGGCCAUCGCAAAACCAAAUGUAUGUCAAUAUCGACAUCGCCACUGGCCUCAUGUAUCGAGAAGGUCCACUGCUGGACCUUUGCCUCGAAUUCUUGAACCAGAGAGACCCCUCGAAUUUGUCGCCCGCAAGGAGGUUCCCUGACCGCGAACGUCUCCGCCUUCAACGGUUCAUCAGCAACAUGCGAGUCAUGACCACUUAUGGCGGCAAGAAAAAGGCAUACGUCGUCAAGAAAGUCAGUGUCCAGGCCGCAUCGCAGAUUAGGUUCACCACGAGGGAUGGCAGAUCGGUUACGGUUGCCGACUAUUUCAGAAGUGCCCUGAACGUACCUUUGAAAUUCCCAGAUGUUGUCUGUGUCGAGGUUGGAAGUGGGGCCAUGCUCCCUCUGGAGGUGUGCAUGGUGCCGCCUGGCCAGAUCAUGCGCAAACAAAUCCCGGCAGACAAGACAAACGACGUGCUCAACUUCUCGAAGCAGAGCCCAAGCGAGCGCCUCAACAGUAUUAGGGAGGGUCUGAAGGUUUUGGAGUAUGGCCAAAGUGAAUACGUGCGCGAAUUCGGCAUGAACAUAUCCUCGACGCCGAUGUCGGUUACGGCUCGCAUCCUUCGUCCGCCCACCCUGAAAUACGGUCCAGGAAGCAAGGAGGCUACUAUUGAACCGAGGUUUGGAGCGUGGAACAUGAUCCAGAAGAAGUGUUACAAGCCGAGCACCAUUCAUAGCUGGGUUGUAGUCGUAUUCGAGGGUCAAGGCCGUUUCAACCAGAAUGUAGCGAGAGAGAUGGUAACAGGCUUCAUCGAAGGCGCACGCAGCGUAGGUAUGACUGUCAAUCAUACGGACCCUCCGAUCGUUUGGGAAAACGGAAGCGGCAAUAUAAGCAGUAUUUUGCGCAGAGCUGGAGGUGCUUGCAAGGAAAAGACAGGGAAACCCCCAACACUCAUCGUCGUGGUCCUUCCAGAAGGUGGCAACCAAAUAUACACAGCAGUGAAGUAUUUCGGCGACGUUGAGAUGGGCGUUGCGACCCAGUGUCUGAAGUCGGUGAAGUGCAAUCGAGCCAAGCUGCAAUACUGGGCGAAUGUCAUGCUCAAGGUCAAUGUAAAGCUUGGAGGAAUCAACGCAGUGUUGAAAGAUUCGCCGCUCAACAAUCCAAACGAGCCUGUCGUUGUGAUGGGUGCCGACGUUAUUCAUCCAGCUCCUGGAGCAGAAGGCCGCCCAUCCUUCGCUAGUCUGGUAUCCAGUGUCGACACGGAUUGUGCGAAAUAUGUGGCCUAUUCCGGCGCCCAAACUGGCCGCCAGGAGCUUAUCACUGAUCUAGAGGAUAUGGUAAAGAAUGCUCUCGUUACGAACGAAAGCUAUCGAAGAGGAGUGGAAAAGAACAACAAGCCUUUACACCGUCUUAUCUUCUACCGCGACGGUGUUUCUGAAGGGCAGUUCGAACAAGUCCUUCAGCAAGAAUUACCCUUGAUCAAGAGCGCUUGCCUCUCUGUCAAGAUGAACCCGAAAAUUACCUUGAUCAUCGUUGGAAAACGUCAUCAUAUUCGAAUGUUUCCGCAGACCCCGAACGACGGCGACAAGUCUGGCAAUUGCCAGGCAGGGACGACGAUUGACAAUGGUCUCGGGCAUCCGACCGAAUUCGACUACUAUCAACUCAGUCAUGGUGGUCUUUUGGGCACUAGCCGACCCGCCCAUUACUCUGUGAUUUACGAUGACAGCAAAUUCCCCGCGGACGCCAUGCAGAGUCUGUCCUUUGCCCUGGCCCAUGUGUACGCACGCGCGACACGCUCUGUCUCGAUUCCAGCUCCUGUUUAUUACGCCGAUAUUGUCUGCGCUCGCGCAAAGAAUCACUACGCCCCAGGAACCGACUUGGACCUGUCGGACACAGCGACUGUUGCAUCCUCCCGAGCUGAAGACCAGCUCCAACGCUACAAGGAGGGGUUCAGGCCGCUCCACGGGAACAUGUCCAAAUUGAUGUACUUCAUGCCAGUCAAUUUCCACCUGUCUCUACCCCGAUCCGACGUUUCUUCGAUCCUCAUCGGUUUCUCUCUCAUUGGCUUCAGCCCAUCCCCGAUGAAGAGCCCCCGUGUCAACCCACUCACAUACUCCGGCGAGGUCUUCGAUGUGAACAGUGUGGCAGGGAAUGCACCGGAGAACGUCAAGCGGCUGUUGGGCAACCCACGCGCGUUCUAUGAAAGCUUUCAAGAUCCUAGUAAACCUCCCGUCGAGUACUUUGGGAAGGCGAUCGAGAAGAGGAUGGUCAUUACUGAGAUUUCGAUCCUGGAGAAGGCGGACGAGCCCAAUAAGUUAGAAGGCAGAGCAGUGAUGGAGCUUGUAGUAGAGCAAGAUAUGGUCAAUGGUGGUGGAAAUAUACAUGGAGGCUGCUCUGCGUUCUUGAUUGACAUGGCAUCAUCCUUCGCGCUAUCAGCGCUGAACAUGCACCGCACUGGCAACGUGGUGCCCAGUGUAUCGCAAGCAUUAAAUGUGGUGUACCACUCCCCCGCCGCCAUUGGAGAAAAACUGCGACUGGUCAACACCACUUUGACAAUUGGAGCUCGAACGGAGUCGGUGCGAACUGAGAUAUGGAACGUCACACACCACCGCCUUGUAGCGUCAGGCGUACAUAUCAAGAUGAUGCCUUCUCAACCCAAACCUGCUGCUCUAUAG